GUUUCCUCCUCCUUUCAAUGAUAUAACACAAUGUAUGAUCUAAGCCAUUGAUAGUGUGUAAUAAUAUCCUUUGAAGUAUUCUUGAUUAAGGAUUCUUUAACUGGGUAUGGAGCCCGAAGUGCAAGAGUUUCUUUUGGAGAGGACUAAUCCUCCUCCUGCUAUUGACAGUCAUGUGGAGGAUAUUAACAGAUUGGAAGUGAUUUUGUCUGAUUUAGAUCAACCAUGGGGAAAGAGGAUGAGGGCCGCAUUGUUCUUGGAAUCAAAACUUCUAUGGCGAAUUGCUGCACCUGCAAUUGGAGUUUACAUGGUAAACUAUCUAAUGAGCCUCAUCACACAAAUCUUCUCUGGGCAUCUGGGGAACUUGGAGCUUGCUGCUGCUUCUCUUGGGAACAAUGGGAUUCAAAUUUUUGCUUAUGGACUCAUGUUGGGCAUGGGCAGCGCAGUAGAAACAUUAUGUGGGCAAGCUUUUGGAGCAAAAAAAUAUGAAAUGUUGGGAGUCUACAUGCAAAGAUCCACAGUCCUUUUGAUGGCAACUGCUAUUCCUCUCACAAUAAUCUAUGUAUUCUGCAAGAGAAUUCUACUUCUUUUGGGCGAAUCUAAGAAAAUAGCAUCGGCAGCCGCAAUAUUUGUCUUGGGUCUAAUCCCACAAAUCUAUGCCUAUGCUGCUAAUUUUCCUAUACAGAAGUUUAUGCAGGCACAGAGCAUUGUGGCACCCAGUGCUUACAUUUCUUUUGUUACAAUCUUUAUCCAUAUGCUUUUGAGUUGGUUGGCGAUUUACAAGCUAGGGUGGGGACUAUUUGGAGCAGCAUUUGUUUUGAGCAUAUCUUGGUGGAUUGUUGUUAUAGCACAGUACAUUUAUAUUAUGAAAAGUCCGAGGUGUAAGAAAACAUGGACUGGCUUUACUCUUCAGGCUUUUACUGGAUUGCCAUCUUUCUUAAAGUUAUCUAUUGCUUCUGCUGUCAUGUUAUGUUUGGAAACAUGGUACUUUCAGAUAAUGGUGCUCUUGGCAGGUCUCUUGAAAAAUGCAGAAAUUGCAUUGGAUUCAUUGUCUAUAUGCACAUCAAUUUUGGGAUGGGUAUUCAUGAUACCUAUUGGAUUUAAUGCUGCUGCUAGUGUUAGAGUGAGCAAUGAGCUUGGUGCUGGGAAUCCAAAAGCAGCAGCAUUUUCAGUGAUAGUAGUGACCACAUUCUCCUUUUUAAUAUCAGUGAUAUUUGCCAUCAUUAUUAUGCUUAUACGAAAUGUUAUGAGCUAUGCCUUCACAGAAGGGAAGGAAGUAGCAGAUGCUACAUCAGAACUUGCCCCAUUUCUUGCAGCAUCAAUUAUUCUCAAUGGAAUUCAACCAGUUCUUUCAGGUGUGGCUAUUGGUUCAGGAUGGCAAGCUCUUGUGGCUUAUAUAAAUGUCGGUUGUUAUUAUAUUGUCGGGAUACCCUUGGGAUGCCUUUUAGGUUUCAAAUUUGAUUUUGGAGUGAAGGGAAUUUGGCUAGGGAUGCUAGGUGGGACAACCUUACAGACUAUAGUUUUAUUAAUUAUCACCUUUAAAACAAAUUGGACAAAAGAGGUGGAAAAAGCUUCUCAACGAAUGUCAAAAUGGGAUGCUGAACAUGAAGAUAAAAGUCAAGAACAUACAACAAACAAUAAGGCUUAACGGAGGAACUUUUGCUUUGUAGAGAGAGUUUCAUUGGGCCAUUUUAUGGCGAGGAAGGAACUAAGAUUGAAUGAUUUAUCUUUAAAUCUUUUGAUAAAACAUUAUCUACAUUGUAGCCUAGUUUUUGCCAAAUGUUGGUUGGGCAUAUUUAUAAUACUUUCAAACUUUCAUGAAAUGAGUAAAAAAAUGAAAAAUAUUUCCAUUAUUUUA